GGUGUUGGGAAAAACAAGAUUGUUGACAGAUUCCUUCACCUUUUAAACAGGCCCAGAGAGUAUUUACAGCUGCAUAGGGAUACCACUGUACAAAGUCUUACCCUACAACCUUCUGUUAAAGAUGGUCUUAUUACAUAUGAAGAUUCACCACUGGUAAAAGCGGUGAAGUUUGGACAUAUCUUGGUAAUAGAUGAGGCAGACAAAGCACCAACAAAUGUUACCUGUAUCUUAAAAACUUUAGUAGAAAGUGGGGAAAUGGUUUUGUCAGAUGGAAGACGAAUUGUUGCCAAUCAUGCUUAUGUAGAGGGGAGAGAAAAUGUAAUAGUUGUUCAUCCUGAUUUUAGAAUGAUAGUACUAGCAAAUAGGCCUGGAUUUCCUUUCUUGGGUAAUGACUUUUUUGGCACAUUAGGGGACAUUUUUAGUUGCCAUGCUGUCGAUAAUCCCAAGCCACAGUCUGAACUGGCCAUGCUUAGACAAUAUGGUCCUGAUGUUCCAGAGCCGAUUCUGCAGAAGCUGGUGGCUGCUUUUGGAGAACUCAGGAGUUUAGCUGACCAAGGGAUUAUUAACUAUCCCUACUCAACUAGAGAAGUUGUGAAUAUUGUAAAACAUUUACAGAAAUUUCCAACUGAAGGACUGGCAAAUGUUGUUCGAAACGUAUUUGACUUUGACUCCUACAACAAUGAAAUGCGGGAAAUUUUAAUCAGCACUUUGCACAAAUACGGGAUACCUAUUGGAGCAAAACCAACGAAUGUACAGCUGGCCAAGGAACUGCCAUUACCAGAGCUUAAAUUUAUGGGUUACUGGAAAAUCAAUCAGCCAGGGAAUGCACGACAGAAACUGCAGUGUCCAACAGAAACUCAAAAAAUAGAUGUAAAGGGCCCUGUGUACGUAAAUAUUCAAGGAUUUCCACUGGAACGCCAGGAAGCCAGGUCCCUCAGUUUUACAGAAGAACUCGCCUAUUGGACGCUGCCUUUGGGUGAAGUUAACUUAGUUUGCGAUGUCACAGUAACAAAAGAAGAGGAAGCUGAAAAUGUUCUUUACGUUACUACCUGCAAUCCUGUUUCCUUGUACUUCAUGAAUGUUUCCGGUAGAAGUGGAUACUUUGUGGAUCUUUAUGACCUCUUCCCAAGAACCAUUGGAAGUGUCUGGCAACCUUUUGUGACUGUGGCACCACUGGGAAAUCCACUCAAAGGUCAAGUGGUUCUACAUGAAGAGGAGAGCAAUGCUGUGUUGUUGCUGGAUACAAACAAUGGUGCCCUUCGCCGACUUGUGCUCUUACCAGAUGAUCAAGAGUCUCCUAAGAGAACAUCUUGGUGGAGCAGCAAAGAAGAGAUGAGCAACUACAAAAUGUGCCGAGAGUUUUCACACAAAAACUGGCUAGUGUUCUACAAAGAAGCAGGAAACCGCCUUGUUGUACUGGAUGUAUUAGAGGGUCAAACUCAUACCAUCUCGCUUCCGAUCAAUCUGAAAUCUGUUUUCCUGGCAGCUGAAGACCGAUGGCUCUUGGUGGAAAAUGAAACAAAUCAGAAAUUUCUUUUAACCAAGCGUGCCCAUGUAGAAGCUGAAGACAGGGAGGUUUGCCAGCUGUAUGCAUUGAGUGAAGAGCCUGCUGAAAUGGGAUUUGGCUUAACAACGGCGUCAGAACUGUGUGUGCCGCAUGCAGUUUCGAGUGACCAGCUAUCUUCAGAAAACCUCAGGGCAGCUGUGGAACAAAAGAUCAGCUCCCCCAACAGGAUUUUCUCAGAUGAACAUAAUUACGCUACUAUUGUUAUUGGUUUCCCAGACCUCUUGUCUCCUAGCGAAGUGUAUAGCUGGAAAAGAAACUCCUCUCUGAGUGGCAAAUGUGCUUCUCCUUCUGAUCCAUUUUAUUAUGGAGCCCGGAGGAAAACAGGAGCUGCAAAACAAACCAAUUGUGUAACUUUAUUGGCUUCUAAUCAAGUUGUCAGAAUUUUAGCACCUGGAGAUGUGCCUUUGAAAGACAUUUACCCAAAAGAUGUCACUCCUCCACCAGCAGCUGGAUACUUGGAAGUAACAGAUCUUAACUCGAAGAAAAUCAAAUACAUUGCUAUUCCUAGGUCACAGUCUCUCUCCCCUUAUACAUCUUGGCUCGCUAAGAUCUCAGACGCUGAUGCCCUGUUGGCACCGUUGGGCAAAGUCGGUUUGGUUAGCGUGGACAUGGGGGGCGGUGUGAGGCUUUGGGAGACCGGGCUGGACAGCCUCCAGCGGUCACUGCAGGACUGGAAGAACAUGAUUGGCCAAGAGGAUGGUCGUCCUGUGCAGAUAACCAUUCAGAGGGACAGUGGUUUGGAUGUCAGUUCCCCCAAACAUGGAAAAGUGGAUCCAGACAACAUGCCGCACGUUGGUGGAAAUGUUUGGGCUGGACGAACAGGUGGGAGAGACACUGCUGGGUUAGGUGGCAAAGGUGGGCCUUAUCGACUGGAUGCUGGCCACAGGGUUUACCAAAUAUCUCAAGCAGAAAAGGAUGCUGUUCCUGAGGAGGUUAAGAGAGCUGCUCGAGAGAUGGGUGAAAAGGCCUUCAAACAGAGACUGUGCAGAGAGAUUCAGAUUUCUUCCACUGACUGA